CUCAACUGUAAGUAUCUCACAUUAUACUGUUCUAAUGGUACGUAUAAUUAAUCAAAUUAAGUCAAUUCCGAUUUAUUCCCUCGGGAUUAAACUUUUACUUCGAAGAAGGUCAUGCAAAAUCAAACAGAGAAGUGCAAAAUGAUUGACCGUUAGUAUAGUACCUGCAAAUAUAUAAAAUGGCUCUCCAAUUUAUAUUGACCUCAUGGCUGGUCAUAUUCGCACAUGGGCAAGUGGAUAUUCAUUUUGAAAGAUUAGAAGUAGAUCCCGUGGAAUGUCUUGAAUUCAAUGGUAUACUGCCCGAUGAAACACGCCCUGGUGGAGACUGUUGCCACUUUAUACAAUGCGAUGCUUCUGAUGCCAAUAAAACUGGGUUUAGAUUUGCAUGCAUGUAUCCAUUGGUCUGGAAUAGAGCUAUAACAGCCUGUGACGAGGAAAGUAACAUAUUGGGACCAUGUAUCCAUACAACAUGUUCCAUUUCUCCUGCACGUAGAAACGUCUGUGGAAGUGAUGCCGAAAUAAAGGCUAUAUUUGGUAUUGAUUCAUGCUGCAUCGAGGGUGAAGAUGGCGUUUAUGAGGCUCUACAAGACAUCAGUCCAGCAGCAUAUAGAUUCAGAUAUCUCAAUGGAGAAUACCCCGAGGAUGAAGAUGAUUACCUAAGUUGUCCAAAGGGACAGAUCUUCAGUGCUGAUGACUGUUGUUGUGAAAGUGAUGCGCCCUCCAUAGCAGAGUGUGAACAAGAGUUGUUCUUUAAGCUACCAGGAGAUGAUUGUUGCACAUAUCAUCAGUGUUAUCCUAAUAGAACAAGUUAUUUUGACGGAAUAUGCGUAGGGUCUGUGUGGAACCAGAAAAUCCUGAAUUGUGACAAUCCAACAUUUGUGGAGGGUUGUGAGAAUGCUGAAUGCUUAACCAAAAUGACAGAGGCAGUGUGUCCUUUGGAGCUAGAUACAGAUCAAUGCUGCUCUUCUGGUGUAGUAUACACCAAGGACAGAAGUGGUAUAUUAGGAGGUUCCACGUUCUUUAUAGGGGAAAUAGAUUUUGAUGACCUCACGAAACUGUUAUUUGAACAGAAUAUAGGGGCGUGUGACGAGGGACAGGUUUUUGAUCUUGAGUGCUGCUGUUGUUUUGGAAUACCUGCUUUUGCUCCAGAAUGUGACUGUAUUCAAUUCACCUUUGAGGAGAAUUUCACUGAAAAGGACGUCUUGCAAGAGACACCUAUCCACCUUGAUGGUGCUAAUGUUAGGGCUACCCAAGCUAUAUGUGGCGAUCAUGCUCUGGAGUUUAAUGGUAUUAAUGCUGCAAGUGUUGACUUCUUCAGAAGAAAACCUCUAGGGGAACAAUUCACUUUCAGUUUUGGUGUCGAUGGGUCUCAGGGAGAAAUCAUUACCAAUGGAAAUGGCGAGACUUCUCCCACGUUUUUAGUUACUCUCAACGGAGCCACAAAUGUUGCUCUCACUUUAGAGAGUGGUGUUAAAAUAUCCCUUAGCGGAGGGCUAGGUAUGUUUGUGACGAUUGUCAAAGAUGGAGAGAGUACAAAACUGUAUAUAGAUGGCAUGAUUGUUGACGAAGAACUAGCCAAAGGACAACCAGCAUUUACAGAUUCGCCAUUAAAGAUAGGGACUGGAUUUGUUGGCUCAUUUGACCAGCUUGUUUAUUGCACGUUUGCGUAUACAGACGAUCAAGUGAACAAUUUGGCUUCUUGUAAUGUGAAAAUAGAUGUUCAGAACUGAGCUAAAUGUGAUUUCCUGUUCUUGCGCCUGUGACUCAAUGCACACGAGAUAUAGUUCAC